UCAUCUUAAUACUAGCAGUCAUUCACUUUCCGUAGACAGAUUCACGCUUGUAUGUAGUUACCAUACUACGAAGACCAUUAUUCACUGAUGUGAAUCAUUCCAUUUGUUCUUAAAAAGAUACAGGGCAAUUUGUUUUUCUUUCUUUAAACAUGUCAGGUUUGGGGUGAUGGAAAGGGAAACUCCCCAAGGGCUUAACAUGGUCCAGAGAUGUUUUGUGGUCUUGCUGGAAGAUUGGGGGUUCUAAAUACCAUUCUUGUCCUCUGCGUUCUAUCAACUAACAACAGACACAAGCAACCCAGCAGGUCAGGCAUCAGCUUCUAUGUAGGAAGGGUUCAGCCAUUAGGAAAUAGGGAUGAGACCUGAAACAAGGUGGGGUUUCCGUUUCUUCUCCUUUAGAGUGAAGAAAGGGCUGACCAUGUUUACCUGUCUAGGAGGAAAAACUGGGAUAGAGAGCAGUGAUCCGCUACAGAGCUUGCGUCCAGUUCUUUCACUGCACACACCGGAUUUUGGCUCUGACCCUAACUAGCGGUUAGCGCACUGCGGCCUGUGAGCCCAUCAGACUGAGGUUUCCGUGUGAGCUGCAAGCUCAGGGUGCUUUCUGCAUUUAAAGAUGGUUGGAAAAACAUCGGAAGAGGAAGAAUGUCAUAAUAUGUGAAAAUUACAUGAAAUCCAGACUUUAGCAUCCAUGAAGUUUCACUGGAAUAUAGCUACACUUGCUUGUUUACAUGUUUUCUGUAGCUGUUUUGGGGGUGCAACUGCAGAGUUGAGUGGUCGUGAUAGAAACCAUAUGGUUCCCAAAGCCCAAAGUAUUUACUGUCUGACCCUUAGAGGAAAAGCUCCCUGGCCCCCGACCUAGGUGGGCUGUGGUCUUGUCGUCAAGGGACCAGCAGCAGAAACCUGGAAGCUUGUUAGAAGCGCAGAAUGUCAGUCCCCACCUCAUGUCUAGUAAAUCAGAAUGGGUGAUUGGAGAGUCACUGGCUUGGGAAGGCAGUCGGGGAGAGGGGACGCUGAGCCGCGCACUUCUGCGACACAGCGGCAUUACCGUGUGCCGGACUUGCACCGAGCAGCAGAGUCGCUGCUCCUGGGCGGGGGUGUUGCUUCCGUUCCUUAUGUCACACUGCUGCCUUCUGGGGAUGGAACAGCUGCUUUUCCCUUGACGCUGUAGGAAUAAGCAUUUCCUUCCAGACGCCCCCGUGCACGGAGCCCCGGACUGGGAUCCAAGAGCCCAGGGCACUGGUCCCUGCUGGUUGAUGGUUUUCCUGUUGUGAGCACUUGUCCCUUCCGUUUCUUUCUUUUUUUUUUUUUAAAUUUUUAAAAAUUUUAUUUAGUUAUUUUUCAACCCCUUCCGUUUCUUGAUUCAAAGAAGUAGUCAGAUUAGUUUAAGAGCAAAGAGCCAAACAGACAUCUUUUAGCUCUCAAAGCCUUACAGUUGUCACGUUCAGAGGAGUCCAAUACAGUAUUUUCCUUUGGGUGCUUUACUAUAAUUUCAAGGUCAAAAAUGCAGCCCAUAAUCUAGGACAUGCAUACUGACUGAGUGGAACAGUGCAAAACUCAGCAUUAACUGGAUUAGGCUAAAGUAAAUAGAGUUCGGAUUUGGGGAGAUUUUUAUGACUUCCGGUUUUGUGAAUGAAGUGGCUAGACUCAAAAAUGUGUGACUAUACCAGCACCAUUGACUCCCCUGUCUCUGUACCUGUCCUGUGAGGGUGACAUGCUGUUCCCUUCUACAAAGCCAUGCUGAGCACUGAUAAAGUGUGCAGCUGGAACAGAUGGUGAUCAAAAUGGACUUGAUCACCCAUCUGUUGAAGUUUCCCUGGAUGAAAACUCAGGAAUGUUAGUAGACGGGUUCGAAAGGACCUUCGAUGGGAAGCUCAAGUGUCGGUAUUGCAACUAUGCCAGCAAAGGAACAGCCCGGCUUAUUGAACAUAUCAGAAUCCACACAGGUGAAAAACCUCACAGAUGUCACUUAUGUCCAUUUGCAUCUGCUUAUGAACGUCAUCUGGAAGCCCAUAUGCGCUCCCAUACAGGAGAAAAACCGUACAAAUGUGAAUUAUGUUCCUUCCGCUGCAGUGAUCGAAGUAACCUGUCCCAUCAUCGAAGGCGCAAACAUAAAAUGGUACCGAUUAAAGGUACUAGGUCUUCCUUAAGCAGCAAGAAAAUGUGGGGGGUUUUACAGAAGAAAACCAGCAAUCUGGGCUAUAGCAGAAGAGCACUAAUCAACUUAAGUCCACCUUCUAUGGUGGUUCAGAAGCCAGACUACCUUAAUGAUUUUACCCAUGAAAUCUCAAACAUCCAGACUGAUUCCUAUGAAAACAUGGCGAAAACCACUUCAACUGGUGGCCUACCGAGGGACCCCCAAGAACUCCUGGUUGACAACCCUUUAAAUCAGCUCUCCACUCUAGCAGGACAGUUGUCCAGUUUGCCACCCGAGAACCCAAACCCCGCAUCCCCUGAUGGAGUUCCCUGCCCGGACGAGAAGCCUUUCAUGAUGCAGCAGCCCUCCGGCCCAGCGGUGGUCGCUGCCGUGUCGGCAGGCAUCCCUCAGAGCUCCUCCCCAACAAGCCCUGAGCCUAGGCCGCCGCACAAUCCGAGGAACUACAGCCCCGUGGCAGGUCCCAGCAGUGAGCCAAGUGCUCACACAAGUACACCUAGCAUCGGAAACAGCCAGCCAAGCACUCCAGCCCCAACCCUGCCGGCCCAGGACCCACAGCUUCUGCACCACUGCCAGCACUGCGACAUGUACUUUGCCGACAACAUCCUUUACACUAUCCACAUGGGAUGCCAUGGGUACGAAAACCCUUUCCAGUGUAACAUAUGUGGAUGCAAAUGUAAAAACAAGUACGAUUUUGCCUGUCAUUUUGCAAGAGGGCAGCAUAACCAACACUGAUAGGAAACAGUCACACUGUGCUUAACUUGGUUUUGCCUUUUUGCAUCGUGUGGUUUUGUUGAUUGUUGUUUUUUGGGGGGGUGUUCAUCCCUAAUAAGGUGUCUGCUAAUUUAAAGUUUAUACAUUAUAUUUAUAGAAAACAAAUUUGACAAUGGAAACAAAAUGUUUGCCCUUUUUUUUCCCAUAAAAGUCUGGUCAGGGUUGUUUAUAUAUUAGAACAAUGAGACACACUGGUGUCUGUUUUGCUUUCAUUUAGACAUUUGAGAACUGAAGUGUACCCUUUAUCUUAAAGGUGUUCAUUUAAACUUCCCACAUUUAUGGUCCGUAUAAACUUCAAAGCUUAUCGAUACUCUUGAUGUUUCAAUAUGUACGUUGCAGCUGGAUACUAUUUCUACCAUAUUUCAAAAUAGUAGAGUACAUUACUUUCUCACAAAAUUUGUUACAACUUAUUUCAGUGUUGAGUAGAGGAAUUGCCUUUAAAACUGCUCCUAGUUGAAAUACUAUUUAGUUCACAUAGUUUAAGUUGAAUUAGUUUCAUUUCAACUGAUAAUAAUAAAGCUAUUUCAGUGUAUAGUAAACCUUUCUUUUUUCCCAUAAGGGGAAAUAUAAAACAGCUAAUUUUUUUAAAUUAUAGUUAUAAAAAUAUGAGAGAAAAGUUCUGAAAAGAAAUGAAACUUAAGACUUUACAUUGAAAAUGGAGUUUACUAUUUAAAAACCUGUUUAUUCCUAGUUUAAAGAUACGUCAAUUUUCCACUGGAUUCUUUUUGUUAUACUUCUAGCUUAUGUAUUUUUAAAAAUUACAGGUAAAUACAUGAGAAUGCUAGAAAUAUCAGAAGAUUAUCUAUGAAAAUGCCUUUUUCGUUCUUUUACUUUGAACCUUAUAUUUAAACCCUUCAAUCUGACAUUAUUACUGAUGUCAGGUGAGGUGGAAAAUGAUACCAAGAAUCUAUUCCUUGGUUUCUACUCCUAUUCCUUUGAUGACCAAAGAGGUGCAGUGCAAACCAUCCGUUGAUUCCCAGGAAAUGCUGUCCUUAGGAAAAAGACUUCCGAAGUUUCUUUUGCCUGCUUUGUAUCUAUUUGUUGGCCAUAAUUUCAAAAAAAGAAAAAAAGUUGGGUAUGGAAACACGUGGAAAAACGUGAUGGUGAAGUAAUAUUUUUAAAAAUGAGGGCAUAUAUCCAAAACAGAUACUGGUUUCUGCUUCAGAAUUGGCCAUUAAGAUAUUUUGUGUGAAUUCAAGUUUUAAUGCUUAUUUGCAGCUUUAACAGUCUUUCUGUACAUUACAAAACUAUAGGGAAACUGAUUGAGUUGUCACCUUAGUAGGAAAGGAUUUUAAAAUGUGAAAAUAGAUAUAAAAUGCAUUUAAACAUGGUAUUUGUUUACAAAAAUGAGACUUGCUAAAUCUAGAGUAAUUUUGAAUAGGAGGCUAUUGUUUAUAUAUUGUAUAAUAACUAGCUUACUCUCAAGAGAGCUUGGUCAAACAAUAAAAUAUAUUGUUACUAACUGUUGGUUUCUGUGUACUUUGCAAAAAUUUUAUUUUUAAUUUGGUUCAAAGUUUGAAAGUGUUACUAAUUGGCUUUGUAAAGAAGAUGCCCUAACGACGGAGCAUUUAUUAAACAAAAAAGACCACUACUCUAGGAGUAAAUAAGAGAAAUAUCGAUAGCGUAUAUCCGCAAAAACCCCACGUACCGAGUUAAUGGGGCUGCUUGCCUCCCAGUUGCUGGAAAGCCAGCGGAGUGAGUUCUUGUGGUUUAACAUCCAGCCCAAACUCAUCUCCUGUGCACUGUUCAAAGAAGUGGGAUCUCGGAGUUUCUCCGGACUGUGCUUCUCUUUCCCGCCAGAGACGAGGCUUGCAUCUCAGUUCCACUGUCCCAUUUCGCCCUGAUGCUUAGGUUGCCCUCGGCUCAGGUCCGUUCCAGUGCUGCCAUUUUCACGUGUGUAACUUGGCCCCACUAUUUACUUAUUGCCAGAAAGAAGGAGGUACCGUCAUUUGGAAGCUUUUAUUUUUGCCCUCUCACUUUUAUUUUAUCGUUAAAAUAAAAGCAACACCCAAAAUAGAAAUUGGAAGCUUUCAUGAAACAAAAGGAAGAACUCUCGUUAAAACCAGUUUAUUAACUCUAUAUUCUGGGCCAAAUGGUGACAGGUACAUUUUUUUUCUGACAACUAAAUAUAGAUGUUUUGGAGGUGCAUUUUAAUUUAAGCAUAGAACAUUUUCUUCCAUAAUUACAAACUAGAAUGUAUAAUUCUAAUCUUGCUAUGACUUGGCAUUCCAAAGGUGUUGAUGCUUGAAAGCUACAGUUACUCCUAAAUGCACUAAAGGUUUUGAAGCAAACCUAUCUUAGAAACCUUUUUUGUAUUGUAUUUUUAAACAGAUUGAGGAUUUUAAAUCUUCUGUGAGUUAAAUGUAUCUCUCAUUAAAUAUUGAAUAUAUUUGUCCCAUUUUAUUUUUAAGCAACUAUUUUAUAGAAAUGAGUUGUUGGGGAAAGUUUAACAUGCAAUAUUUAUAGUAUUUUGCUGUUAACAGGCAGUGUUCUGAAAUUAAAUUUAUUUUUGUUCAGUGAACAUAAGUUUAGAUUUUAAAGUUGGUAAGAUAAUUUAUCUCCACUAAUAUAUUUUUAAGAAACUAUGAAGUCAUUAAUAGGGAAUUACUUUAUUUCAGAUUCUACUCAUGUAUGUAGCUACAACUUCUUGAAAUUCAAGUAAAGGCCUAGACUUUUACUUUGAAAAAAUUCCAUUGGAUAUUUUCCACUGCUAUUCAUUUUAGAAAUAAGUGUUUGCCAUCUGUCUGCAGGAUCAUUCGACAAAGGGAAUAUUACUUUAAAAAUGUUCAGAGAUAAACCUCACUUUAAGUUCUACAAAAAUAUUUAUCAAAUGGACAUAGUUUUAAAAGAAUUCCCUGCUAAGCAUUUUUUUUAUUAAAUAGUCUUAGAGGGUAUAUGAUCUCUAGAAUAUGUUUUUGUUAAUAUAUACUUUGAUGUAAAGAACAUAUUUUGUAUGCAAAACAAAUCGAGUAUGGCUGCGAAAACUAUAUUGUUUAGGGAUUCCAGAAAGAGAUUUAAUGCUGAAAUAACCACACCUAGUAUGUAGUUCAUUUUGUGAAAGAAGCUCUGCUUUUGUAAUAUAUGAAUAAAAAAAUAACGCUUUCUAAUGA